ACUCCGGGAGGAGAAGAAGAUUCCACGUAAGAACGGUCCAAACGGCGGUCACUUCCAGGCAGAGACUGUGGGGGUUUUGUGAUUUUCCUCUUCCACGUUGACACCCACAGAGACCUCAGAGAAGCUGGUCGCCGAGAAAGUGAUACAGGGCCCCUUUGUUUUGCGCCAGCAAGGGAAAGAAAAUGGAGCUGGAGGACGGAGUGGUGUACCAGGACGACCCGGGCACGGCGGCGAUUAUGUCGGAGCGCGUGUCGGGCCUGGCCAGCUCCAUCUACCGCGAGUUCGAGCGCCUCAUCGGUAAAUACGACGAGGACGUGGUGAAGGAGCUGAUGCCGCUCGUCGUGGCCGUGCUGGAGAACCUGGACUCGGUGUUCGCUGAGAACCAGGAGCACGAAGUGGAGCUGGAGCUGCUCAAAGAGGACAACGAGCAGCUCAUCACGCAGUACGAGCGCGAGAAGGCGCUCCGGAAACACGCCGAGGAGAAGUUCAUCGAGUUUGAGGACUCUCAGGAGCAGGAGAAGAAGGACCUGCAGAACCACAUGGAGAGGAUGAACUCACAUUCACGCCAGCUGGAGCUGAAACUCAAGAACUUUGCUGAUCAGAUAAGCCGUUUGGAGGAACGGGAGGCAGAACUCAAGAAAGAAUACAAUUCUCUCCAUCAGCGACACUCAGAGAUGAUUCAUAACUACAUGGAACAUGUAGAGCGCAUUAAACUCCAGCAGGUAACCGGAGGAGAGGCCUCAGAUACAGGAACCCUGGGCAGAGUCAGGAAAGAGCGACCCCUCUCUUUGGGCAUCUUCCCCAUAUCUGGUGGUGGUGGUGGUGGUGGUGGGAACAAUCCUCAGACCCCAGAUUUUCUGGGCCGAGCAGAGACUCCAGGGACAGAAGGCUGGAGAUUCACUGAUCUCAGUCAGCAUCGAUCGAAUACCAGUCUCAAGGAUGAGCUGUUGGGCUCCAAUUCUGUCACGCCCAUGUCCACCACAGCCUCAGAGCCAGGGUUGGACUGUCAACGGGAGGAUGGUGACGGUGCCAGCAGGUGUGCUGAGGUGCAGGCUGCGCCGGGGACUCGUUCCAUCUCGACGGGUUUGGUGGAGAAUGAGGACAAGUCUGAUGUGCAAGCUAUUAUCGAGUCAACUCCAGAGCUCCAUCUGGACCUCAGUGGCUACAAAGGCUCCAGCACACCGACUAAAGGUAUAGAGAACAAGGCGUUUAACCGGAACACAGACUCUUUGUUUGAGGAGCUGUCCAGCGCGGGCUCUGGUCUCAUUGGGGAUGUGGAUGAAGGAGCUGAUUUACUUGGAAUGGGCCGAGAAGUGGAGAAUCUCAUUCUGGAAAACACACAGCUGCUGGAGACAAAAAAUGCACUGAAUGUGGUAAAGAAUGACCUGAUUGUCCAAGUGGAUGAGCUUACAUCUGAGAAGGAGGUUCUUCAGGGAGAGCUGGACACAUUAAUGCAGGCGAAGGCCAAACUGGCGGAGAAGAACAAAGAGCUUGAGGAAGAGCUCAAGAAAGUUCGUGCUCAAAUGGAGACCAUCAAAGUGAAUAACAAAGAGGAAGAUGAGAGUGACGUGCCCACAGCUCAGAGGCGUCGGUUCACCCGGGUGGAGAUGGCCCGUGUACUGAUGGAAAGGAACCAGUAUAAAGAGAGACUGAUGGAGCUACAGGAGGCUGUCAGGUGGACAGAAAUGAUCCGUGCUUCCAGGGAAAAUCCUGCCCUUACUGAGAAGAAGAAGUCCAGCAUCUGGCAAUUCUUCAGCCGGCUGUUCAGUUCCUCGUCCUCCAGCAGCAGUACAGUGAAGCCUCCUCCAUCUAAUGUUAAGUACAACCCACCCAGUGGUAUGAGGAAGAGCAGCACCUUCUCGCAGUUCCCCACUGAGCGUUCCAAAGCCUUUGACUUCCUCAAAGAUGAAGUGGACUUGUGCACUUCUCCAUCACGUAGGGAGCAGAAGAAGGCUCAGUACAGGCAGGUCAAAGCCCAUGUACAGAAGGAGGACGGGCGGAUGGCAGCUCACGGCUGGAGUCUACCCAGUAAAUACAAGGAAGCAAAUGGUCGGCAAGCAGAGAACAAGAUGAACUUGCCUGUACCUGUGUACCUGAGACCACUGGAUCAGAAAGAUCCUUCCAUGAAACUGUGGUGUGCAGCCGGUGUGAACCUGUCAGGCGGAAAGCCACAUGACACAGGCUCACGUGUGUGUAUUAAUGACUCUGGAGCUGAGGGAGAGACCUCCAGUCCGAUGAAAGGCUCUCAGAGCAGCUUGGACCAGCAAGAACAGGAGCACAAGGAGCAGGAACAAGAAGUGGCACAGGUGGACAUGUCCAGCCAUGUUUGGAUCUGCACCAGCACACAGUCUUCCACUAAAGUCAUUAUCUUGGACACCACACAGCCCUCUGAGCUGCUGGAUAGCUUCUACGUGUGCAACUCACACGUGCUAUGUAUCGCCAGCGUGCCAGGUGUCUUGGAGACAGACUACCCUGCUGGAGAAGAAGUGCCUCAGGACUCAGAAGCGAGGCUUGAAGGUUCAUUGACAGGCAGUUUGGCCAGUAACAGCUCACAUGGGAGUGAGGGAGCACUGAGUGGCAUCUCAGCAGUUGGUUGUACAGCAGAAGGAGCGGGGUCUGGUGUUCAGACAGGCAGCUCAGGAACCAAUGAGCUUCUGGCAGAGCUCAGUCCUGUAAAAGGUAGAGUGGAAUUGUCUAGGGAACCUAGUCCCAACGAAGAUGGCGUUCCCACAGCAGAGGAAGCCACUGAGGCUACUGAGGAAGAGGAGGAGGCACCAGGUACAGAGACCAGUCAGCCUGGCAUUUACACUGAACACGUAUUCACAGAUCCACUGGGAGCACAGUCCACUGAGAGCACUACAGCCACAGACAAUGUGAGGGAGUCGGAUCAAGAGAGAGAUGGAGCAGCUUCUCCAAGCAGUGAGCAGGAUCAAGUCAGGGAAGAGAUCCAGAGGAUGAGCAGCACCCUGCCUACCAUGUGGCUGGGAGCUCAGAAUGGCUGCCUGUAUGUGCACUCAUCUGUGGCCCGAUGGAGAAAGUGCCUCCAUGCAGUAAAGCUAAAGGACUCCAUUCUUAAUAUUGUCCACGUUAAAGGACGAGUGCUUGUAGCUCUAGCCGAUGGUACACUAGCCAUCUUCCACAGAGGCCUAGAUAGCCAGUGGGAUUUAACCAACUACCAUCUGUUGGACCUGGGCCGGCCGCACCACUCUAUCCGCUGUAUGUCAGUAGUGCACGAUAAAGUGUGGUGUGGCUACAGGAACAAGAUCUAUAUCGUCCAUCCCAGAGCUAUGAAGAUUGAGAAGUCAUUUGACGCUCAUCCGCGGAAGGAGAGUCAGGUGCGUCAACUGGCCUGGGUAGGUGAUGGGAUCUGGGUCUCCAUCCGGCUGGACUCUACCCUGCGUCUAUUCCACGCACACACUUUUCAGCAUCUCCAGGAUGUGGACAUUGAGCCUUAUGUCAGCAAGAUGCUGGGGACAGGUAAACUGGGCUUCUCUUUUGUGAGAAUCACAGCUCUCAUGGUGUCUUGUAAGCGGCUCUGGGUCGGGACAGGAAAUGGCGUCAUCAUCUCCAUCCCUCUAUCAGAAUCUGUGGGUCUGCAGCAUGGAGUUCUCGGGCUGAGGGCUAAUAGGAGUAUUGGUGCGAUAGCGAGCCGGCCUGGUGGUGCAGUACGCGUGUUUGGGGAUGAGAGUACAGACGGUGGGACGUCAGGCUCCUAUGUGCCCUACUGCUCUAUGGCUCAUGCUCAACUUUGCUUCCAUGGUCACAGAGAUGCAGUCAAGUUCUUCGCUGCGGUGCCAGGUCAAGUUGUUCCUCCAGCAGCAACUCCUGACUCAGACUCUCCUUCCUCCGACAGUCCCUCCCACGAGCAGCAUUCCAAGUUCAUGCUGGUCAUGAGUGGAGGGGAGGGCUACAUCGACUUCAGGACAGGUGAUGAAGACGGAGCAGGAGUAGCCGAGGACGAGGAACCUCUGGAACCCACCCUGCAGCUGCAGUCCGCUCCCACCAAAACCGAGCGCAGCCACAUCAUAGUCUGGCAGGUUGCCAUCAAUGACGAGUGAGCGGCCAAUCACUGCCUCAGGUUCAACAGAGAACUCCGCCCCUCAAGCCACCCUGUGGCUUGCUGUUACAUUUUUUUUAUCACAAAUUACUAGAAUUAUGAUUCCCAUGAUGAUGAUGAUUAUUAUUAGAAGAUGUAUAGAAGACCAUUUCAUAAGGGAUACUUUGGUUUUUGUGUUUUCUUUGAACUUUUGCUACUUUCUAUUUACAUUCAUGCCAAGGCAAAAAGUCAAAGGGAAUCCGAGAAAUAAGGAAAAUGAAAGGGAGUAAAUGAAUCCAUCCAGGACUGUAAUUGUACAGUUUUAAUGACUGGGCUUUGUGAAUGGCCCGUCCAAAACAAAAAAAAAAAACUAGUACUCCACUAGAGUACCGAAGCACAGAGACCAGUGAAGAAAACACAUGCUUCGCGUUUACACCAUGAAUGAUUGUAUAAUUAUAUUAUAUAAGGGAAGUCCCCAUGUUCAAAUCAUUUGUUUUGUGCAAGACAGAGAGAGAGAGAGAGAGAGAGACAUCUUCUGAGGCGACGACUUGUGUGCACUUUGGUGUCACAGUAGCAUCGUAUGAUAUUUCUAGAGCAACAGAAAGCUAUUUUUGCUAUCUGCUUGGCACGUGUCCUGUUUGCAUUGUCCUAGAACAAUAAAGGCAUGGUCUGUCUUGUUGUGUGUGUGUGUGUGUGUGUGAGAGAGAGAGAGAGAGAGAGAGAGAGAGAGAGAGAGAGUGAAUGAUGUAGCCCAGUGUGUUGUAAAAGCCCUAGCACUAGAUUCUGCCUCCUGUGGUAGCACCUGUACGCUAGAGCUUGCUGGCACUUUAAAAUAGUGACCAAUGUCAUUAGAUCUAAACGUAGAUCUACACUUAUUCACUUUUGUUUUGUUUUUGUUUUCAAAAAGGGGCUAGCCUGUUACCAAAGGGAAAAAUGUCGAACAAAUGCAUAACAGCCUCUAGUAACUUGCAUUCCAUUUAGGCUUUUUGGGGUUUUUUUUUGUUGUUGUUGGUUUUUGACAUUCACUACAAAAUGUUCAUAUUUGAGAUUGAAUUUUUUUAAGUCCUCAUUUCUUGACAGGGAUUUUAUCAGAAACACUUUGCAUCGCACCUUACCUUGUUUGACUCCAAGCACUAAGCCAGUGGGUUUUGUGCAUUCAUUUUCGUUUCAACUUGAGUGUUUACACGUCUGGUCUUUGAUGCUGAAACCAGUUUAUUUUUGUUCUUAUCUCUGUAUCAUAAAAACAUUUCUGGUCUGUUAAAAGGAAAAAAACAACAGGCUAUUGUGUAACUUUUUUUUUUUGUAUUUGAAGGAAGUGAAUAACAGGCAGUCUACUUUUUUUUUUUUUUUAACUCCAGAAAGGGAAUAUUCAUACAGGUAUUUUUGCCAUUCCAGUAUUUAUUUUUUCAUAAUGAAUUUUGUGGUUUAGAAUGUAACUUUAUACAUGAACAUUUGAACAGUUUGUGUAAUAUCAGGCACUCAAAAUGGGUUUAUGUGGUGUGUUAUUGCAGACAUUGUGAAGGAAUCGCAUUAUUACUGGAUAAUACUGUAAGUGUAACAUCACGGAUUGGAACAUGUAGGAUAUACAGAAUAACCUCUGUGUGAAUCAUAUGGAAUUCAACAUUCAUUGUACUAAGCUAUGCAUGUUUUUUUUAAAGGACACUGCAGUGUGUUUGUUCAAAUCCCUGAUUAUUGCCACCUUUUUGGGUGGACUUGUGUGGUGUGUGUGUGUGUGUGUGUGGAGGGGGUGUAUGUGUGGAUGAUUGCUCAAUCCCUUAAAUUACACAGGAUGUGCUGUGAUUGUCACAGCUUGUCAUUACUGUGGUUUUUCCUGUUCAAUGUUUGCUAAAACAGCAUCAUAGCCUUAUUUUUAACAAGCUAAUAAACUCAAUUUCAUGGGAA